AUGGCGCCCGCAAGCAGUACGGACUCAGACUCGGUUGGUGAAGUUGAGCAGGAGAUGGCGAAGGUGACUUCGCUGGCUCAACUCACGGAGAAGUGGGACGAUACUAUUCGGUUCUAUCUUAAUGGCACGAAAGUUGCCGUCGACACGGUCAACCCGGAACUGACCCUGUUGGAAUACUUGAGAGGCGUUGGUUUAACGGGAACCAAGCUUGGAUGUGCUGAAGGAGGUUGCGGUGCUUGUACAGUGGUCGUUUCGCACCUCAACCAAACAACGAAGAAAAUAUACCAUGCCUCUGUCAACGCUUGCAUUGCCCCCCUCGUCUCUGUCGACGGCAAACAUGUUAUCACAGUCGAAGGACUGGGCGAUGUGAAGAAGCCCCACGCGGUCCAGCAACGGAUUGCGGUCGGGAACGGCAGUCAAUGUGGCUUCUGUACGCCUGGAAUUGUUAUGAGUCUAUAUGCAUUGCUACGAAAUGACCCAACUCCCUCGGAACACGCAGUCGAGGAGGCGUUUGAUGGUAACUUGUGUCGUUGCACCGGAUACCGUCCUAUUCUGGAUGCCGCCCAAAGCUUCAACUCCCGCAACAACUGCGGCAUGUCCAAAGCUAACGGAGGAUCUGGCUGCUGCAUGGAGAAGAAGGACGGUGGUUGCUGCAAGGGUUCUUCACCAGCCACCGAGGAGACCGAGGUGGUGGAGCCCAUCUUCCCGGCGCCCGAGUUCAAGAAGUACAGCCCUGAUACAGAACUGAUCUUCCCCGCCGCGCUACGAAAGCAUGUAUUCCAGCCAAUGGUAUUUGGCAACAAGAGGAAGAAGUGGUAUCGCCCUGUGACCGUGGAACAAUUGCUGCAAAUCAAGAAUAUCCACCCCGAGGCGAAAUUGAUCGGCGGAAGCACGGAGACUCAGAUUGAGAUCAAGUUCAAGGCUAUGCGCUAUGCCGCCUCAGUCUACGUGGGUGACAUUCCAGAGCUGCGACAAUUCACCUUCCACGACGACUGCCUGGAAAUCGGUGCCAACGUAUCCUUGACCGAUUUGGAGCACAUCUGUGAGCAGGCCGUGGAACGCUACGGACAGAAUCGAAGCCAGCCAUUCAAGGCGAUCAAGAAACAACUUCAGUACUUUGCUGGACGUCAAAUCCGAAAUGUCGCGUCGCCAGCCGGUAACUUGGCUACUGCCUCUCCCAUCUCCGAUUUGAACCCUGUGUUCGUGGCGACCAACACCACCCUGAUUGCCAAGUCGCUUGAAGGAGAUAAGGAAAUUCCCAUGACCGAGUUCUUCCAAGGCUACCGUAAGACUGCUUUGGCCCCAGAUGCUAUCAUCGCCAGCCUGCGAAUCCCAGUUGCCCAGGAGACUGGAGAACACAUUCGCGCCUAUAAGCAGGCUAAGCGAAAGGACGAUGAUAUUGCCAUCGUCAACUCCGCGCUCCGCGUAUCGCUGUCCGAUACUAAUGAGGUUACAAGCUGUAAUCUCGUCUUCGGUGGCAUGGCUGCCAUGACAGUCUCGGCGAAGAACGCUGAGGAUGCCUUGAUCGGCAAGAAGUUCACCAACCCCGAAACGUUAGAGGGCGUUAUGUCUGCUUUGGAGAAGGACUUCAGCCUGCCGUACGGCGUUCCCGGUGGCAUGGCCACCUAUCGGAAGUCAUUGGCAAUGGGCUUUUUCUACCGAUUCUAUCACGAUGUUCUCAUGGGACUCGAGGUCAAGGCAACCGACCUAGAUCCCGACGUUGUCGCUGAGAUUGAAAGAGCUAUUUCCACUGGUGCAAAGGACCACGAAGCUUCCGCUGCUUAUCAGCAGAAGAUUCUGGGCAAGGCUACCCCUCACGUUGCUGCGCUCAAGCAAUCCACCGGUCAAGCUCAGUAUACCGACGAUAUCCCCGUUCAACAGAAUGAGCUGUUUGCCUGCAUGGUCCUUUCAACCAAGGCACAUGCAAAGAUUCUAAGUGUCGACCCCUCGGCAGCCCUAGAAAUUCCUGGUGUUGUUGAUUAUGUUGACCACACGGAUCUACCAAACCCACAGGCUAACUGGUGGGGAGCACCCGUCUCCGAUGAGCUUUUCUUUGCCGUGGACGAGGUCACCACUGCUGGUCAGCCCAUUGGUGUGAUCGUGGCACAAACCGCCAAGAUUGCAGAGGAAGGUAUGCGAGCUGUCAAGGUUGAAUACGAGGAUCUCCCGGUCAUCCUGAGCAUGGAAGAGGCCAUUGAGGCGGAAUCCUUCUUCGGUCACUAUCGCUUCAUCAAGAAUGGUGACACAGAGGAGGGCUUCAAGCAGGCCGACCACAUUUUUGAGGGUGUCUCUCGCAUGGGCGGUCAAGAACAUUUCUACUUGGAGACCCAAGCCUGUGUUGCCAUUCCCAAGCCUGAAGAUGGGGAGAUCGAGGUUUGGAGUGGAACACAGAAUCCCACUGAGACCCAAGCAUACAUCGCUCAGGUUUGCGGAGUCGCCGCGAACAAGGUUGUCUCUCGAGUCAAGCGACUCGGAGGUGGAUUUGGUGGCAAGGAAACGCGCUCUAUCCAGCUGGCUGGGAUCUGUGCCACUGCCGCGAAGAAGCUCAACCGACCCGUUCGAUGCAUGCUGAACCGUGACGAGGAUAUCUUGACUUCCGGUCAACGCCACCCGUUCCUCUGCAAGUGGAAGGUUGGUGUCACCAAGGAGGGAAAGAUCCUUGCUCUCGACGCCGACGUGUUCGCCAACGGUGGCCAUACCCAAGAUUUGUCGGGUGCGGUCGUUGAGCGAAGCUUAUCUCACAUCGACGGUGUCUAUAAGAUCCCUAACAUCUAUGUGCGUGGCCGAAUUUGCAAGACCAACACCGUGUCCAACACGGCCUUCCGUGGCUUCGGCGGACCACAGGGUCUGUUCUUCGCUGAAUGCUACAUCUCCGAGAUUGCCGAUCAUCUCAACAUUUCACCGGAGCAUAUGCGUGCCAUUAACAUGUACAAGCCUGGUGAGACCACACACUUUAAUCAGGAGCUGAAGGAUUGGUAUGUGCCCCUGAUGUACAACCAAGUCUUGGAGGAGAGCAACUACAUGGAGCGCCGCAAGGCUGUUGAGGAGUACAACAAGGAACACAAGUGGUCCAAACGUGGUAUGGCUAUUGUCCCGACCAAGUUUGGUAUUUCCUUCACAGCCCUCUUCCUGAACCAGGCCGGUGCUUUGGUCCACAUCUAUCAUGACGGUAGUGUUCUCGUGGCCCACGGAGGUGUCGAGAUGGGUCAAGGUCUUCACACCAAGAUGGUCAUGAUCGCCGCCGAGGCUCUGGGCGUGCCACAAGAUAACGUCUUCAUUGCUGAGACGGCGACCAACACCGUCGCCAACACUUCUUCGACAGCAGCAUCCGCCAGUUCCGAUCUGAAUGGUUACGCCAUUUUCAAUGCCUGCGAGCAGCUGAAUGAGCGACUCCGCCCAUUCCGCGAGAAGAUGCCCGACGCGACCAUGAAAGAGCUCGCGCACGCAGCAUACUUCUCCCGUGUCAACCUCUCCGCACAGGGUUACUACCGUACACCAGAUAUCGGUUACGUAUGGGGCGAGAACUCUGGCCAGAUGUUCUUCUAUUUCACGCAGGGUAUCACCGCAGCUGAAGUACAGAUCGACACUUUGACUGGAGACUGGACCCCUCUGCGCGCAGAUAUCAAGAUGGACGUUGGCCGUACCAUCAACCCGUCCAUCGACUACGGCCAAAUCGAAGGUGCUUACGUCCAAGGACAGGGCCUCUUCACCACCGAAGAGAGUCUUUGGCACCGCGCCUCAGGCCAAAUCUUCACCCGCGGUCCCGGUAACUACAAGAUCCCCGGCUUCCGCGACAUUCCUCAGGUCUUCAACGUGAGUCUGCUCAAGGAUGUCGAGUGGGAGAAUCUGCGCACCAUCCAGCGUUCCCGCGGUGUUGGUGAGCCGCCUCUUUUCAUGGGCAGCGCUGUGUUCUUCGCUAUUCGUGAUGCGCUGAAGGCUGCCCGGAAGCAGUGGGGUGUUGAGGAGGUGCUGAGCUUGAUUAGCCCGGCUACGCCGGAGCGUAUCCGUAUCAGUUGUGCGGACCCGAUUGUUGAAAGGGCAAGGGUGACUCCGAAGGAAGGCGAGAAGAGUUUCUUUGUCGCUAUUUAG